AUGGUAAUAGCUAGCGAUAGCUUAGAAAUUGCGCAGUUGUAUCGAUAGCCAGCUAGCAAGCAAGAAAUACAUUUUAAAAGUAGCAACAUGGAAAUAAUAACACACAGAUUGCCAUUAACAGCGGCGCAACUUGAUGCCAUACUAAACGAGAUUCCCGUUGCAUAUGCGAAGCCAACAGAUCCACAAUGCAGUACAGCAAUUCGACCUGUUUUUCGCAAACUAGGCGUUCUGGUGGAUAUGGAUGAAAUAACAGAUGCAGCCGCCGAACAAAAAGAUAAAGAUAACAAGCAACAAACUCUAGGCAAGGUUAAAGUGAAUGCAAAGACGACGCAGUCACAGUCCUACAGUUGCAUCCAAUGUCGUCGGCAAUUACCCACAGCACAUCUGUUGGAUCUGCACAUCACCGAACAACACGAUCUGUAUUUCGCAGCGAGCGUGGAGCGAGGUGACAAGCCCAUGUUUGCCUGCUAUAUCGAGGAGUGCACCACCAAGUUUCAAGGACCCAAGGAGCGCAAGGAUCAUUGCAUUUCUAUACACAAGUUCCCUACCAACUAUCGAUUUGACCAGGCAAAGGCGCCAAAACACAAGAGUCACAAGCAGCAGCAGCAGAAGGCGGCAGAUGAUUCCAUGGAGGUGGACAAUGAUGGUCAAUUGCCAUAUAUUAAGGCUUUUAGUUUUGGGCAUCUUACACAGCGGACGUUCAACACACGUAAGGAAUCGAAGAAUUCUGGAAAAGCAUUACUCGAUGUCCAGGCAAUGAAAGACGCACUUGAAGAGAUGAAUUAAUUUGAAUAUACCAUUUUUAUUACUUUUACUCGAAUGUCGUUUCUCUAUAUGAUAGAUGGAUUAAUUAAUUUGUGGAAACCUUAAA